UUUUAUUUUAUCGCAAAUUGUUUUGUGUAUUCGUUUUUCAUCAGCAGUCAAAAUGCACCAGUAAGCAGUAUUAGUGAGCUUAAGAUAAUUUAGUAUACGAUUUACUUUUCAAGUGUGACAAUAAUAACAGUGCAACAUGGACAAGAUUAAGAAACAGCCAAUCAAAGACUUGUCAUUAUUGGAUCAAACAAAAAUGCUCGAGUGUUCAAUAUGCCUGGACGUGGUUGUUCCGCCGAUUGUCCAAUGCGAAGUCGGACAUAUAAUGUGCAAAAAAUGCGUGGAAUCCGUACAUUUGAAACAUUGUCCUAUUUGCAGACAACCGAUAACCAACAGGAGACAUGUCGCUUUUGAACAACUCCUCGAAAGUGUCAGAGGCAAACUCGAAACUGAAUGUCGAUUUUCAGCUAAAGGUUGCAAAUAUAAAGUUGCAGUCUCGGACAAGGACAAUCACGAACGCGAUUGUAGGCAUAGGACUUUUAGGUGCGAGGGAAAAAUUUUCGCCGAUUGGACGUGCGAUUGGACCGGAGAAUAUAGCGAACUUGAAAACCAUUUCAAGACAGCACACAAAUCCAACGCAACAAUGCAAUACACAACGAAAGCAUCCAUAAAGGUAAACUUCAACCACGAAUACAAAGACUUGCAAUUGAUAUCGUUUUUCAACGGACAAGCUUACUUCUAUUACAAACAUUUCGUGGACAAAAACAACGAAAAAUUAUAUUGGACGAUUCAGUAUGUGGGUCUGCAAAGCAACGCCGUCCACUAUUUCUACGAGUUCGAAAUAGCCAACGGGCCGAUAAGGAAAAUUAAAGUUACCGAAAUUUGCUACAACGACACGAAGAUUUGCAAGGAGAUUUUCGAGGAGGAAAAAUGCGUGGUUGUUCCCUUUAAAGCUGCCAAGAGUUAUCUGAAUGAAAACGGAGAGCUGGCUUUUAGGUUUAGAAUCACUAAAAUUAAACAUUGAAGUUGCAUUUUGUUUUAUACUUUUUUGAUGAAUAAAGGCUUCUAGCACAUAUUCCUAUUGGUCAGCAAUG